CAAUUCAGUUUUCAUAGCAGGCGCUUUUGCAUGAAUUCACGCAAACGCGUGUCGAAUGUCAGGCGCGUGACCGCUGUCGCACGCGGAUUUGCACUCGCCUUGCAUUUUCUACAAAAGAAUACAUUACUUGUAGACCAAUACGCACAUAUAAGCAGUUAAGCGAGCUCUACGCUAGGUGAAAUCCAGCAACAGCCGGGACGACGGACGAAAUGUCGCUGCCCGUUUCGUUAGCGCUCUUCCUUUGGCUUCAUGGCGCCUUGGCGUCCACACAGACUCGCUCCGACGUGGACAUUCGCGGCCUCUCGUUCACAGGGAGCAGCUUCACGGCAGCAGGAGGGCCUCCUGGGUCAUGCCGACUGCUUGAAACGUUCGGCGGAGUGAAUGAGGCGAAGUACCGGGACUGGGCCUCCGGCACUGGGGCGCCCAUAUCCUCAACCUCCUUUUCCAUUGAUGGCAUGGUUUCAGAGUACCCGGGCAGCAACGAAGAAGAGUGCGCCUGCCUGGCGGGACCCCGGAGCGACCCGUGCUGGUUCGCCCUGGGCCUGGUAUUCGCCGUCACUGACAAGUACUUCAGCAAGCAGGCCCCGUCCGCCCCUGCGCUCGGGCUGGCGUCGUUUAAUGUCAAUCCCACCGCCCGCCGCUUUGCGCUCACCGGCACGAUUUCGUUUAACGAGUGGCUCUUCACCAUUCCUUCGCUGCCCGAGGGCAGCCCCGCGCCGGACCUGCACUUCACCUUCAACAUGGCGGCCCAGAGCUGCGACAGGAACGCGCAGGCACCCGGCGGCACUGCCAAUCCCUCUAGGUUCAUGAAGAACUUCGUCUCGUUCUGGAACCCAGGCAACUUAUCCAUCAGCGCCAGUACCCGGUGGCGAUGCACUGUCGCGGCGCCUGCUAACCUCAUCCGGGUUAGCCUGGACGGCAAUGUGAUCCCCAUAGCAACAGCGGUGAUUACAGCUUCCUCCGCGAAGCAGGUGACAGUGGAGGCCGGCACUGUCGCGACGAUGUCACAGCUGCCGAGGCCGGUCCUGAGUUGAAACCAUGCCGCAAGCGACGGGGCGGGCGGGGGCGUGCCCUGCUGCGUGCUGCGUAGUUGUGUUCUGCUGUGCUGAGGGGUUGAGGGACCUCAGUGUACAUAAGUUCGUGGGCUCGCCUUACCAGGCAGGCAGGAGGGCCCCUCUGGCCCUCCCUGCCACUAGUCUCUGUAUAUGAGAUGGUGGGACAAGUUGCUCGCGUUCCGUUGCGAUUUGUCGUCGCGUAGCCUGGCCCCGUGCGUCCAUGAUGUGGGAGUGCCUGCGUGCAGAAUCCAGUCACCUAGAGUCGCAGGUUACCGGGUUGCAAGCUUCAGGGGCUGUGGGGCGAGUCAUGUUGAACCUAGCUACUGAUUUGAGUUGCAGGCUGUUGCUAGAAGGCCGGUUGUUGGCUGAGUAUGUUGAGCCGCCGUGCUGCAGCUUAACCCUACAGAUAUUUUGCACAGGACGUGCUCCCUUUUGUAGUGUGCUUUCAGCCU